CUAUGGUGAUGCAAUAUGGCGACCAAAAAAGAAAAAGAAAUUGGCUUUGGUUGAGAUAAAAUGCCACCGAAGAAGAAAGGAGAUGGCGGAAAGAAAGGAAAGAAAUCUGGAAAGAGUAAGGGAGAGAAGCAACCACAACUGACCGUAAGGGAAGCUGUUUUAGCCUUCCAAAUUGAAGUGAGAGAACGAGAUUUGGUAAAAAUAACGGAAGAAUUUCAGACGUUAAAAGACAGAAAUCGUAGACUUCGUUACAGAAAUGAGCAACUCAAAAAAGAGCAGGGAGAACACAUAAAGACGUUGUUGAAACAAGCUAAAGAAAAUGAAAAAGAAGUUGAACAAAUGACAGUUGUGAAACAGGAGGAAGUUGAAAAGGCAUUGGCUGAUAAAAUACAAAUCAUGAAGAAGCUCAUUGCUGAACAGGAUGAAAACAAGGAGAAAAUUAAACAAAUGGUAACCCAGAUUGAGGAAAUGAAUCAAGCCAUUGCAACAAGAAAAGAAUAUAAGAAUAAUGGCCAAGUUGAACAUGGAAAUCAAAUCAGCCUCCUUAAGAGGAAGCUCGCUGACAUGGAAAGUUCAUUUCAAGAAGUAUCUGCUCAUUUGGAUCGCAGUUUAAGAAUUGCCAAAGAAGAGAUUGAACAACAAGGACAGUCUACUUUGGAAACGCAGAAGAAAGUUGCAUCUGAGGAAGCUACUAAUUCUAUCAAAAAGGAUGAUAGACAAGAGAUUGCGGAUCACAAAUGGCUCAAAAAAGAGAUCAGUAUUCACGUAAGAGCCUUUGAAGAUAUGUCCGUCAUUGUUGAAUCAUUGGAAAGGGAAAACCUUGAGAUUAUGAGAGAACUCUUUGACUGCAAGACAGAGGAUUUGAAUUUAGCAAGACGUUUUUACCUGGCCUGUGUGAAUGACCAAGACGAGAGCGGAGAUGAAGAAGUUUUUGCGCAGCAUAAUGACGAUGAAGUUGAACAUCAAGAUGAAAACCUGCUUGAAAACUACCUACAUUUUAACGACGAAGACUAUUUGGACUCGCCAAGAUUGGGGCCAAUGGAUCUACAGUUAUUGUCUGUUGUUGGCACCAAAAUGCCACUUCACGAGAGUACAAACUCACAUCUACAGUUGAUCGGUCAAGCUGAUGAAGUCAAUAAUCAAAGUUUGGACAAGACUGAGAGUGAAAAUGACAUCUGGCCAAUUUCAGAGAACAUGUUGAGAACAUUUGCUAUAAAAUAAAAAUUUGUAUUUUAGUCGCAUUGGCUUUUUUGACGUUUUUAAAGGCCCAUUUUCACUACGUGAUUUGUCCUAGACGAUUCUUACCCUGGCGUAUGUGAACGUGUAAAUAUACGUGCAAAAGUGACAUUUUAAAUUCCGUCUUGAACAAAUUGUAGAAGAUUGAAUGAAACUCAAAAUAAAUACGCCUUA